GUUCAAAAUUUAAACGGUUGUUUAUUGUUUAAAUAAUUUAAUAGUGUUACGGCAAGUUGUUUGUGACGCGCAAGUUAACUGAGUAAAUUAUUACAUACUAGUACGCUUGAACGUGAAAUGUUCCUUUUUACUUUAAUAGUCUAACAUUAAGACAAAUAACUGAUGGCUGCCCACGCAGAUUCAUUUUCUUUGUACCAAGUUAAAGAUAUUAUAUCUGAAUCUGAAGACAGCGAUAGUAAUAUCGUUGAAAAUAGUGAAGAUGAAUUUGAAGAGAGACCAAUACCAUAUAAUAAACAGGUUGACAUUUCAAUUAUGCGCAGAAAAAAGAAAGUACAAGUCAUAAGUAGUGAUGACGAAGAUGAGGAGGCAGUCAAAGAAAAUUCAGAACCAUUGCCGGCAGUGAUGUCUGUGCUAAGUUCUUCCAAAGAUCAUCUGGAAAGCAGUGACUGUGAAAAUCCUACCAAUCCAAAUUUUGUUAAUAUUAAAAAAAAACCUAAUUCAAAUACGCAAAAUUUCUUGCAUCAGGAUCUCCAAGACAGUGCUCCAAAGCAUCAUUCGACAAAUGUUGACUCUCAAACGCAAUCAAAAGUAACUAAAGGUUUUUGUCCUUCAUCUGCAGCAUUGAGUUCUAACAUAACAGGCAAGGGACUGGUUUCAGGUGACAGUUGUGUGAAGGAAUCUGUGGUUAGCAAGACCAAAACUUCGUUUGGUACCCAGCAGAGUUCUGAAGAUUGUGUAUCACCAUCCUUAAUUCAUGACGCUAGCAAUGCCAUACAGAUCUUGCCUAAAGUUCCUCAUAAUAGUGUAACAAGUACAGGUACAAAGAGUGGUGUUAAGAAUAAUGCUGCCACGCACAGUUCAAUAUUUCCCACAAAGACCACUUCAGUAAUUAACAGUGAUGAAAUUGUGAUUUCUGAUACAGAUGAUUGUUCUGCAAGUUCAACCAAAGAGCAUGAACUACAAGAGAAAAUGUCCACAUUAAUGAAGGAACGAGAUAAGAUGAAAACAGUUUUAAGAACAUCAAAUCUGGCUGCUCUUCCAGACAAUGGUGCCAGACUUCAGAUGCAAAUUGAACUGUAUGAAAAGGAAAUCAGGCAAAUGAGGCGUGAUUUGCAGAGCAUUAUAUUAAAUAAUGCUUCAUUACCUAAGGCUUGGAGUGGCUCAGCAUCAUCACAGUUGAAUAAACCUUUUCCUCAGGCUUCGUUUCCUCAACAGCCACGUGUUGUUCCACCAGGAACAAAGGCGCUGGAAGCACUAAGGGUUGAGAGGUCUCUUACUAAUGAUGCCCUGGAGCAGCUUCAUGGUUCCAUUAAGUCGUGUCCUUCUGAGGAGACACUGGCUGAUGACCCGAAUGGAUUGAAGACUGGCAUACAACUGAUGCCACACCAGAAAAGGGCUUUGGCAUGGCUUACGUGGCGUGAGACACAGAAUCCUCGUGGGGGUGUGUUGGCUGAUGAUAUGGGCUUGGGAAAAACUCUUACCAUGAUAUCUCUAGUUAUGAAAUCAAAACAAGAAAAGCCAGAUGUGGAGGAUUCUAGUGAUGACAGUGAUGUGGAACCAAAUAAAGAGAACUGGCUUUCGCGUAAAAAUAAGUUUGUAAAGGGAGGGACACUAGUUGUGUGCCCAGCUAGUUUGUUGAACCAGUGGGAAGAAGAAGUUCAUGCUAAAUGUAGGCGUGGGCUACUGGAAGUGGAAGUGUACCACGGUCAAAAUAGGCAAAGGCCAAGACAACUGGCAAAGAAAGAUAUCGUCAUAACAACCUAUAAUAUUGUGCGCACGGAGGCUGGGAUAUUGCCUAAAGAGAGGGGGAACACAAACACAUCCCACAAAAUUGCGACCAAGAAAGGGAAUCUCUUUCAAGUGAAAUGGGAACGUAUAAUCCUGGACGAAGCUCAUGUUGUUCGCAAUCACAAGAGCCAGACAUCCAUAGCUGUCUCUCUCUUGAGCGCUCGCAACCGUUGGGCGCUCACUGGAACUCCCAUCCACAACAAGGAACUUGACUUUUAUGCCCUCCUGAAGUUCCUUCGUUGCUCACCCUUUGAUGACUACCUUGUGUGGCGUAGGUGGGUCGACAAUAAGAAUGCAUCGGGUCUGCAGCGGCUGAACACGGUCGUGAACUCCAUCAUGCUCAGGCGGACUAAAGCCCAGCUACAAGAAAAGGGGUCAAUCAAAAACUUGCCAGAGAAACAUAAUCAGUUGAUACAUGUUCGUCUGGACGAUGAUGAGUUUGAAGUUUAUCAGAAGGUUCUGGUAUUUUCCAAGACUUUGUUUGCCCAGUUUUUACAUCAGAGGUCAGAAAGGGAGCAGACCAUGGAAAGUAGGUAUGGGCCAGUGUACUCCAGCAGUCAUUCCAAACAGAACAGGGAGAUUGCAGCAUGGCAACAGAAACUGGCGAGUAUGCCAGACAUCAAAUCAUUUGAAAUCCUUGUUCUGCUUCUACGCCUACGUCAGCUGUGUUGCCACCCCUCGCUCAUCACUGCGAUGCUUGAAAAAGAUGUGUGCGAGGUCGAUGGCAUUGAAGAUGACGAUGGUACGGACAUAGACCUUUUGGCACAGUUUGGAAACUUGGGGCUGGAAAACAAUCCAGGGUCUUCGAGUAACUCUGAAGUGAAAACUAACAUUCUUAGUUUAGAAAACCCUGUGUUUCAGAGGGACAGAGUGAGUUCAAAGAUGAGAGUAAUGAUGGAGAAACUUCAAGAAAAAAUUGUGGAUAGUGGAGAUAAAGCAAUUAUAGUCUCCCAGUGGACCACAAUGUUGGAUAUUGUUGGCAAUCAUUUGGAAAUGCAUGGACUUUCGUGUGCCAGGUUGACUGGAGCAGUGCCGGUAAAGGAAAGGAUGGCCAUAGUAUCAGAUUUCAACCAGGCAUCCCGUGGGGCCAAAGUGCUGCUCUUAUCCCUUACAGCUGGUGGUGUUGGUUUGAACCUUGUUGGUGCAAACCAUCUUUUUCUUUUCGACCUCCACUGGAAUCCACAACUGGAGUCACAGGCCUGUGACAGGAUCUACCGCUUUGGACAGAAGAAAGAUGUGCAUAUCUACAAAUUUGUGUGUGAAGACACGAUUGAGCAGAGAAUCAAAAUGCUUCAGGAUUCAAAAUUAAGUGUUGCUGAGAAUGUACUAAGUGGUGCUCACAAAAUUGGAAGUAACAAACUAUCUCUGAAUGACCUUAAAAUGCUUUUUAGCAUGUAAACUUCCAGAAAUGCAUGCAGGGGUAAGGAUGUGAAAUUGAAUUGUUUUAUGUUUCACAUGUUCAGUUUUAUGUUGUAUCAUUAAAAUUUAACUCACAGAUUUUUGAAAAUAAAAGCAGUUAUUGUUA